UUUGAAACAUAAAUUGAUUAACUGGCAUUGUCGGGCUGACGUCAUACAUAAAAGGAUCAUAUUGCCCCCUACCACUUCACAGCGCCAGAGACCGAUGGUGUCAGUAUGGGGCGAGUAUAUACACGUGUAUGUACAUGAUGUAAGCGAUAUGCCACCUUAUAAUACACAUAUGUGUACCCCCUACCUGGCGAGUAUGCGUGUGGACGUGUCGACCAACUAAAAGUAGCAGUCUGUGCGAAACAACGAUUAUGUGCUACACAACUCACAUGCUACGCGGACUUGGAGACUCUGCACAGAGAAGCACUGUGGUUAUCUGUUGAUAAGGUACUAAACAAAACGAGGGACGGUGUGAACGAAACUUGUGUUUGAAUGGAUAAUAACAACGAUAUACGGCAUUAAUUGGAUCAACGUUAAAUACUUUGCAUGAAUAUUUCAUAAAAGUCGUGCUGCCGCAGUAUGAUUCAUCCCAUCGCAUUUGUGUGAAUUAAAAAGAACAUUUGUCAAACACUUCCAAAUGUCCUUGAAUUGAAACCGAAGGUUACCAAUGAAAAGUGCCGUUAAGUUUCUAUAUUUGGAAUAUAGCGGUGUGCUGGAAAUUCGAAGGGGAUUCCCGUUUUGAUGUGUUCGGUUUAACGAGACUUUCGGUGGAAGGAAUUUCCUUGUGGGGGUAUCUUACGGAAUAACAGUGGCUUCCCUAGGCGACCUUGAAAGACUUUUUGGUCGUGAAUUGGAAAGUCUGAAUAUAAGUGUUGUGAACAGACCUGCACCUGCAUUGGACACUUCUUUUGAUUGGAUUACCUCCCCUCACAGUCCCUCCCGCCAAAUGUCAAAUUCUCACUUCACCAUCUCCCCCCGGGAUGCCGGUCGCCUCGUGCAAUCUCACCGGAAGUCAGAUGACGAACAACAUUGCUUUCUACUUCAAAUAUCAUUCCAAACAGUGUAUAGUGAUGCAGAUAUACCAAACAGUGUCAUAAAAAAACUGCCCCGCCUGGUGAAUGGCAUUCCACUGGGGGCUGGACUCAUGGCCCGGGACCAGCUUGGCAGCAUUCGCUGGCGGUAUAUAGAGGGUGGACGCAAGAUGCACACAUUUGUUUCCAAACCAAUUUGUCAAGAAGAUGCAGAGGAAACGAAACGAGCUUUAAAAGACAGACUUGUGAAACAAUCUCAUGCGAUAUUUGGGGACAUUACGGUAAAGGCGACUGUUAUUUUAUCUCAAUGUUUGAACUUUGACGACGAUUUUAUCAUCAAUGACAUUGCUAUACCUCUUGACGAGGGCCUACACUUUCGAGAUUAGAUUGUCAUUUAUAUUAUUUUCAUUUUUUUUUGAUGUUGAGGUCGUUUCAUAUUUUCUAGAGUUUUAUAUUUUGUGUUGAGUUGAUGUAGAAACAGUUUGAGUAUUUUGCUAGUCAUGAAAUGUUUGUAUAAUCUCAAAAAAGACUGAAAUAAGUUAUGCUAGGCGGUGACCUACAAUGUAUAGAUUUGUGUUAUUGCACAUGUGUCCGCCGUGCGUGGGUGUGUGUAUGUAUGCACGUGUGUGUGGAUGUGUAGCGCAACUACGAACGUUGAUGGCUCUGUAACCCUGCACGUAUGUCGGUAUAAGAUGUGCACGUGUGUAAGAUUCAAUAGAAAUUCUAUACUUUAUAUACACAAAUGCAUUUGCAUAUCUAUAUAAGUGUAUGGACGUGCCAGUAUUCACCGAACCAAGAGCGAAUAGAGAGAGGGCAUGAGUCCAGUAUUGGGGUAUGCUAAUUAUGUCCAGUAAGGGGCGUAUGCCAAUUACACAAUUGUUGUGAUGUUUCAUGACGCAUGUGCAUGGGAGAUUAUGUACAACAAGAUUGUUUCUACACAAACUUAUACCUUGUAAUACACAUAUGUCUGCCGUUGUCUUUCAUUGACCUUAAUAACAUCUUUGUUACACAAAUC